AUGUCUUUUACUAAUAGAACUGUGUCAAGUUAUCGAUUGAAUAAAAAAGAGACACUGGACCAACAUAAAACGGUGCUUUCAAUAAUUUCAACAUCAAAUUCUAAAAUUAGUCCAUCUAAAAGAAGAACUCUGAAGAAUACUCUGAGAUCAAGAAGAUAUUCUAAAUUAUCAGCGUCACCUAAAAAAAAUGGUAUUACUUCUUCAUCUUCGCCGUCUAAUUCAUUAUCUCCUAUUAGAAAAGAGGUUGCCUAUAAUUCCUAUAAAGUCUCAUCAAAAGAUAACUCCCCCAUAAAAUCAAAUCAAUAUGAUAAUUCUAACGAGGAUUCUAAUACCAAAAAAUCAAAUACUACUGUUAUUGCUAGUACAAGUACAAAUACAAAUUAUAUAAAAUCACCUAUACUGAAAAUUAAACCAUUAAGUAAGCAGGAUUUUGAAAUUGGUCUUAAAUUAGGCAAGGGAAAAUUUGGUAAUGUGUAUUGUGUUAGGCAUAUACAGAGUGGAUUUAUCUGUGCUUUAAAAGCGAUGAAAAAAAUUGACAUUAUUCAUUAUAGAUUGGAAAGACAGUUUAUUAGAGAGGUUGAAAUACAAGCAUCACUGAACCAUCCAAACAUUGCUAAGUUGUACGGAUAUUUUUAUGAUGAGAAAAGAGUUUACAUGCUAAUAGAAUAUAUGCCAUACGGUGAGUUAUAUAAACUACUAGAAAAACAUGGCCCAUUUAAUGAUAUUAUGGUAUCAUCAUUUAUUUAUCAAAUUGCAGAUGCAUUGGAAUACUUACAUCAAAGAAGAAUUAUUCAUAGAGAUAUAAAACCUGAGAAUAUUUUAAUUGGUCCAAAUAACCAAGUCAAGUUGACAGAUUUUGGUUGGAGUAUUAUUAAUCCAUAUGGAACUAGACGUAAAACUCUGUGUGGUACCAUUGACUAUUUGUCGCCUGAAUUGAUUACAUCGAAGGAAUAUGAUCAAACAGUAGAUAUAUGGGCAUUGGGUGUCUUAAUGUAUGAAUUGCUCGUAGGCUCACCACCAUUUGAGGAGAAUACAAAAGAGAUGACAUAUAAGCGUAUUAUGAAAGUUGAUAUAAAUUUUCCAGCAACAAUGUCCCUGGAUGCACAGAAUUUAAUUAAACGUAUACUAUCUACUGAACCAAGAAACAGAUUAUCUUUGAGAGAUAUUAAACGACACCCAUGGAUUCUUAGAAAUAAAGAAUUUUGGUAG